CAAAAUUUUGUCUGACUCGUCGCGAUUACUGUGUCUCGGAUUUGUUGUCCAGGUUGCCCGAAACCCCAAAGCCAACUAACUAAGAGACCGAACGAAUGUCCGAAAUUGAGCCUCCGGACUGUGCAGUUCUGUGAAGCGCUCGGUUGAAACAGGGAUCCCACUCCGCUCUUCAGUAGGUCUGGUUCUGGGAGUGUUGAUAGCGUUGCACAAAACAGGAAAACACAGCACCGCCGUGUAAAAUGGGGGGACUGUUCAGCUACUUUCGAGGACUGCUAGGCAGUCGGGAAAUGCGGAUACUAAUUCUCGGUCUAGAUGGUGCUGGCAAGACCACAAUCCUGUACCGGCUGCAGGUGGGCGAGGUGGUGACCACAAUACCGACGAUCGGCUUCAACGUGGAGCAGGUGACAUACAAAAAUUUGAAAUUUCAAGUGUGGGACCUCGGCGGACAGACCAGCAUACGACCAUACUGGCGUUGUUAUUACAGCAAUACAGACGCCAUCAUAUACGUAGUUGAUUCCGCAGACAAGGAUAGGAUAGGCAUAUCGAAAGACGAGCUCCUGUACAUGCUCAGGGAGGAUGAACUGGCCGGUGCAAUACUGGUGGUGUUGGCGAACAAGCAAGAUAUGGAAGGCUGCAUGAGUGUGGCCGAGGUGCACCAGGCGCUCGGGUUGGAAGCGCUGAAAAACCGAACGUUCCAAAUAUUCAAAACCUCCGCCACCAAAGGGGAAGGGCUGGAACAGGCAAUGGACUGGCUGUCGAAUGCGUUACAGGCGCGAAAAUAGCGCGACCAGUAAGGGAGGCUCUUUCAUCCUCAGGAUCCCCUUGGAUACCUGGCUCACCCGCUUCGGGCCAGGCCGUGGAUUCCAUCGCUCCGUGUCGGGGCGACUCAUUGUAGAUUAUCGAUUAUGGAACGACCACCCCUUUCGGCGGAGAGAUCGGAACGAAGCUUCUGCUUGGUUCCGUUCGGCACCGUCACGAUUCCAUUUACCAUCUCGCCAGUCCCGCGUCUACCGGAACCGGGGGUGUCCACGUCCACGGGAAUUAGCUUUCUCUUUUUGCCUAAUAUUGUGUUACUUUUUUGUUACUUGAGUCGAACGGAAACCCAUACACGGGACGGUAGCUUUCCGCUUCUGCUUCUGCUUCGGCCCGGCAGUGUCCCAGCCGUAAAGUUGUCGUAAGAACUCGUGAGUGGAAAGUUCGGGUGCAGCAGACAAACACAAGAGCGAAUAAAUGCGUUCGGCAUCGUUUGACAGGACACGACCCUUGUGCGUGUUAAAGUGAAAAGCAUUAAUUUUAUAAAGAAAGUAAAAAUUAUGUACCAUUAAAUAUAAAUAUUAUACACACGGAUUA